AUGACGAUAGACACAUUGAGCAGCCUCGGCGAGAGGCUGCACUAUGACUUCAUACCGGAAGGCAUGGCAGUCCUCGCUGCGCCGGGCCAAGUCUUAUCGAGAUACUACCUGCACAUUCGGACGGUCGUCUUUGUAGAGGAGCAAGGCUUCACACUAGAGCUAGAGCUAGAUGGUAAAGAUGACGAUUGUGUACACUUUGUCCUGUUCGAUACGCAAGUUCAGCCACCGCUGGCUAUAGGCACAGUCCGCUUCGUCAUGCGGCCAAAGACGAAACUCGGUCGCUUGGCAUUGCUCAAGGAAGCGAGGGGCAAGGGCGCAGGAAGGAUCAUCUGUCUCGCCAUGGAGCACUAUGUCAGGGAUCACCAGCUAGCGACAGAGAUCAGUCUGCACGCUCAGCUCCAGGCUCGAGGCUUCUAUCAAAAGCUGGGCUACAGGCUCAUCGGCGAGCAAUUCAUGGAAGACGAUUCGCCUCAUGUGCUGAUGCGUCGGGACCUCUGA